AGCCGCGACAGGCUGGAUAUCUUACGUGCAUUAUGUGAAAGCAUAUCACAACCCCGCAUUCCCUUGUUUGAUAUACCAAAUUGUCUAGUUUUUAAUCUCUCUCUGGUUUUCAAACAGCAACUCAAAUUCUGAGAUGCAAUAAACAUGAAUAAUUGUUUAUCUUCUUCUAUGCCACUGAUGUCAUUGUACACAGAGACAAUAUAUAGGCUCACAUGCAUCUUGUGUAAUGAGAUUAAUGCAGCUUGCACAGCCUUUUUGAAGUGUUCUUCACCGUUCAAUACAAGUCUAGGAACUGGUGAUAAGGUAGGGAGAUGGUUGUCCAACUUUGGAUUCUGGAGACUGGGACGUACAUUGAUAUGCUAGAUUAGUACUUACUUGGUCAAACACUAUCAUAGCAUUCAAGGGACCAAAGCUUGAUCUGGUUCUGUUGGGCCAUUAUUGAUGAAUGAUAAAUUAGCAGGUUUUUA